AUGUUCGUCAAGUCGCCUGCAGUCUUGCUGUCGCUGGCCGCCGUCAUCGGCAGCACCGCGGCCAAGCCAUGCAACAAGCCGCCGACCACGCACGGCAGCGGGGAGCAUGCCUACUCGACGCAGCCGGCCACCUACGACACCUAUGUGGCGACCAGCUUCUCAAUGUCGUCCGUGGCGACGUACCCGGUCAGCACGGCGUCUUCGUACAUGGUGUCGACUACGUCUCCGUGUGAGACGAGCUCGUCGGUCUCCUCGUCAGUCUCCAGCUCGAGCAGCGUUUCCACAGACUCGGUUUCCUCGUCGAGCAGCACCGGAAGUUCAACCUUGAGCUCUGUCGACCCCUCAACCACCGAGAGCUCCACCAGCUCGGAGACCACCUCCUCGACCACUUCAUCUUCGACAACCUCGUCCUCCAGCUCCACGACCUCGUCGGACACGAUCCCGACCCCUACGCCACCGGCCUGUGCCCUCGAAGGCGACCGAUGCAUCCUCCUCUGGGACCGCCUGGCCGACGUCCUCGACCCUAUCGCCAACGACCCGUGCUGCGACGGCCUCACCUGCCAGGGCGGCAUCUGCGCAGUGCCCGAGCCCGAGCCCGUCUGCGUGCCUGACGGCAACAUCUGCGUCGUCGGCGCCCUGGCCUGCUGCAACACCGCCUUCACCUGCAACGGCGGCCAGUGCCAGGCUCCGCCACCGCCGACCUGCUCGCCGCGGUUUGGCAUGUGCACCACCAACGGCGACUGCUGCGACGACGACGAGUGCAAUGCGGGGGUGUGCCUGGAGCCUCCGGUGAUCCAGCCGCCUGUCUGCAUCGCGGUCGGGAACUCCUGCAUCGGCCCCUUCACCGGCGACACCUGCUGCGGCACCGACACGUUCUGCGACAGCACCGGGACGGGGACGUGCCGCGUGCGCGGGCCGGGCGACGCCGAGCCCAUCUGCAUCGCGGACGGCGGCAUGUGCCUGCCCUUCUCGACGGGGCUGUGCUGCAACCCGGACUCUGUGUGCAGCAACAACAUCUGCCAGGCCGACGAUGCCGGCGACCCUUGCGUCGGCGAUGGCCGCGCCUGCAAUGCCGACGACACCUGCUGCGUGCCGGGCCAGACCUGCCAGGCCGACGGGCUCUGCGGCGUGCCCCAGGCGCCCAACACGGGCAGUACUCCUUGCGUUGGUGAAGCUGACUGUGUGCUCUCUGGCGGCGGCAGAUUCUGCAUCGACGGUAUCUGCCAGGGGUGAGCCGAGCAUCGUGGCUGCUGGCAGACGGGGCGGACCCAGUGUCUAUUAGAUUGUAUGGCCCAGAUGGAGAGCGGUGGAGCUUGGUGUGUGCGCUGUCCAUGUGACAGCUUGCGAUGGAGAGGAUGGAGAGCGGGGACGAGGUCAUUGGUUUGUUUCUUGGGCCGAUGUAUUGUCGCUGGUCCACGUUGUGAAUCGCAUGCUCUGGAUGCGUGCUGUUGGGAA